GAAAUCAUUUCCAGCACUGAGACAUAUAGGACUGGACAUUAAGCUAUUUUCCUGGGCUAUAAUUAUACACACACUACUUAUCAACUUUCUUUGAGAUAAUUCAAUUCAAUUAAAUUCAAAUCAAAUCAAAAGAUGGUGAGAGCUCCAUGCUGUGAGAAGAUGGGGUUAAAGAGAGGCCCAUGGACACCCAAGGAAGAUAGGAUAUUGAUCAAUUAUAUUAGUGCUUAUGGUCAUGGCAAUUGGAGGGCACUUCCUAAACAAGCUGGUUUAUUGAGGUGUGGAAAGAGUUGUAGGCUCAGGUGGACGAAUUACCUGCGACCGGAUAUUAAGCGUGGAAACUUCAGCAAAGAAGAGGAGGAGACCAUCAUUAAGUUGCAUGAGAUGUUGGGAAAUAGAUGGUCAGCAAUUGCAGCUAGAUUACCCGGGCGAACCGACAACGAGAUAAAAAACGUGUGGCAUACCCACUUGAAAAAGAAGCUGAUGAUCAAAGAAAACCAGCUGGAAACCAAACUUGAUCAAGAACCACAGCCCAUGAAUGAUCAAGAUCUAGGUCAAGUACUGACAAGGCUGGAAAGCCCACAACACUCGGCCAGUGACACCUCCUCCUCCUCCUCCGCCACAACCACCACCACGGCCGCCACAUGCGUGGGCAAUGAUUCAUUCGUCAACAGCUUCCAUGAGAUGGAUGAGAAUUUCUGGGCGGACGUAUUGUCGGUUGAUAUUUCCGGUGAUCUUCAAUUCUCCCAACUUGAUCAUGGGGUGGAAAAUGUCUGUGGGUACAAUUCAAACACUAUGCAUGAUGGUAUGGACUACUGGUUCAACCUGUUUUCAACAGCAGGGGAAAUGCAAGAGCUGCCAGGAUUUUAGCUUAGCAUUUACCACUUUUCCAAUUAUAUACUUCAAGAACAGGAAUAGUUAAUUAUGUAUUAAGUAGUGGCUAAUUAGUUUUAAAAUGUAGGUUAAUUAUUCAUGAACCAGGCAAAAAUAAAAUUGUCACCAUCUUUUGUAUUUGUUGUGUUUUUCACAAGAAAAAUACAAUAUGUGUCAUUGUGGUUGAAAUGACUCGUGAAGCAACAAUAAUAUAUAUACAAGGUUACACC